CGAGAGAAAGAAGAUGGCAGCGCCCUUGGUUAAGGUGUGCCGGCAAGCUUCCGCUGUGUACCUGUCAAAUUGUCUGCACAACCGAAGUUUUUGUGUAUCUGCCAAACGAUUUUCAGUCAGAGAACUGAAGAAAUUUUACAAACUUGCAACUAUAUCUCAAGCUAAUGGUGGUUUAUACGAGAUUAACUUGGACAAGAGAAAAUUAAAGACCCCAGCAGGCACAUUAUUCCAAGUCCCAAGUGAAGCUUUAGCCUUGGCAGUAGCUACAGAAUGGAACAUGCAAGAAAGUAUCAUAAAAAGGCAUACAAUGUAUCUGACAGCGUUAUGUAACACAGCCAUAGACAACCCAUCUCGAAGAAGCCAGGAAGAUACUGUCGGUGGUAUAAUCCAUUUCUUAGAAACAGACACAGUGUGCUAUCGUGUUGAACUGCCAGUGGAGCUGGCAAAUCUACAGAGCAGACUGUGGGAUCCACUCAUUAAUUGGUUUGCUCAUAGACAUGACGUCCACAUCACAACAACAACUGGCUUUUCACCUCCACAAGUGUCAGCAGAGACCGUGGCAGCACUGAGGAAAUAUCUCUUGUCAUUUGGAGACUGGGCAGUGCAUGGUUUCCAGUCAGGUGUAGAAACAUUGAAAUCUCUGAUCAUCAUGUUGGCACUGGUUGACAAGGAGAUAUCAGUAGAGAAUGCUGUCAAAUUGGCACGUCUGGAGCAGGAAUUUCAGAUUGACCAGUGGGGUAAUGUAGAGUGGGCCCAUGACCUGGACAGGGAGGAAAUGAAGGCCCGUCUCUCAGCAGCGGCUUUGUUUGUCCAUUGGUGCAGUGAAGGCAACUCAUCCUUACAGAAACUGAAAGACUCCUCCAAAUCAGUAGCAUCCUAGAACUGAAUUUUACUU